AGUGUAUUUGGCUGUCAUAACAGAGUCUUCAGUGUUGUUUUGCUGUAGUUUUUCGUAGUUUUCCUGGAAAAUACCCUCAAUAGAGACUCCACAAUCGCUCAAAACAGUUCCUUAAUCGUCCGAGGAGUGAAAUACAGUGCGGGAUAGGAUGAAUAUGCACGGAAUGGCGCAGGCUGGAGUGGUUCCGAGCGGUGUCGGCGUGUCCCCAAUCAUGAUGCAACAGGCUUCGCCCCAAAUGGGGCAAAUGAUGGGCCCGCAAGGCCCUCAACAGCCUCCGCAGCCACCCAUUGAGAAGAUCGACAACAUAUCGAAGGCAAAGAGCCUCGUGGGGCCCCUGAGAGAGUCUCUUUCGGCAACCAUCAAAGCUGCAGCCCAGAAUCUUCAUCACAACAACAUGACUGACAUCGGGACAAUAAAAGGCGAUAAUUCCGCUCCUCCGCGCUUCGAUAAAUACCUGGAGGAAUUCUACUCGAUCUGUGACCAGAUUGAACUACACUUGAAAACCUCAAUCGCUUGCGUGCAGCAGAGCAACUCCAGCAAUCACUUCCUGCCUCUGACUGUGGCCACGACGAGAGUGGAUCCGAUGCCGCAUCCGCCGCCGGACAACCCAAUGCUCUCCUACCCGCAAUACCUCUCGACCGUGCGCUCGCAGAUCGCGUACGCCAAGGAAAUCCACGACACGCUCAUCUGCGCCGCCCAAAACAUCUCUCCGAGUGAAUGA